GCCAUAACGGCACUCAAGAUGGCAGCGAUGGCGGCUGUAGAUGAGCAUGCUGCCUCUGAAGUUUUGAGAGGACUCGCCCGACAUUUAAACUGCCUAAACGAAGACAACAAGUCGACAAGAAUGAAGGCCCUUGAGCUAAUCAAAAGGGAGACUGUAGAUAAAGGACUUUCCAGCAGCGUCUUACAGGAGGUUUUCUCUGCCCUUCUCAAGCCUCUCCUCAAAUGUCUUUCAGACCCGAUGGAAAGAUGCAGAGAAACCGCGAUAACGAUGAUAACAGAGUUUAUUCGUUGUGUCCCCAAACCGGAAGAGUCGCUGCCUUAUCUCAUGCCCUGUCUGGCUCAGAGGCUCGGGGAGAAAGAGAUCCUGGAGCCGGCAGAAGAGCUUCGGCUGUCGGCCGUGGAAAUGUUGACUCUCACGCUGGAGGUGUGCGGGAAGCAUUUAGCGCCGUAUCUGAACGAAAUUAUCAACAUACUGAAGAGAACCAUCGUUGACCCCUUUCCAGAUGUCAAAAGAGAAAGCUGCAAAUGCACUGUAAACUUUGCAAAGUGUCUGCCAGAGCACUUCCACAUGCAGGCUGAGAGUCUGGUCCAGCCUCUCAUGCAGACGAUUUCUCACCAGCACUCCCGGGUACGAGUGUCUGUCAUUGAAGCCACCGGGGCUGUCAUUCAGCAUGGCACCGGGAAAAACGUGGAUGACGUGCUCUCUCACCUGGCACAGAGGCUGUUUGAUGACUCACCACAGGUGAGAAAAGCUGUGACUGCAGUUGUUGGUGAUUGGCUACUUCACAUGAGAGACAGAUACUCUUAUUUCCACAAACUCAUCCCACUCUUGUUGAGCAGCAUCAAUGAUGAGAUCCCAGAAACGAGACUUUUAGCCGCUGAUUUAUGGAAGCGGGUAGGCGCCCAGUGGGAGAAAGAGAAUGAGGACGACAUCAAGGACAAGAUGGACUUUCUCCUAACCCCACCUCCCUUCUAUCCACCAGGAGUGGAGCGUCCGGGGCUGGGCUGCAGGGAGCUUGUGGUGAGAAACCUGGGUAGACUGGUGCCUGCCAUUACCCACGACGUGACCGACUGGCUGGUGCCCACAAGGGUCAGGACCUCUCAGCUGCUCUCUGUGCUGCUGCUCCACGCUGAGGACCACGGCACCCAGCAUCUGCAGCCUCUCCUGACCACCCUCUACCGGGCCUGCACCGAUUCAGAGAGGGAAGUGGUCAGCAAUUGCCUGGAAGCUGCUAAACUGUUGGGGACCUUUGUCCCUCCUGUUGUCUUCCUCAAGCUGCUGCUGGAUCAUGUGAAGACCCCCUCCUCUACCUCUCACCCCUGGGCCCCGCUCAUGGUGCUGGCGGCGGUGCUGGGAGGCUGCUCCAAACCCCUCCUCAAACCACAUCUUGAACAGAUCGCCAACACACUGGCCCAGCCCGACGUCUGCCAGGAAUAUCAACAGGUUAUGUACUUGGAGCAGUUGCUGGCCUGCGUGGAUGUACUGCUGCGUCAGUGCGAGUCAGACUCUGGCUCCGUCAGCCUGCAGCUGCUGCAGGUGCUGGUCAGUGUCCAGAGCCUCUCCACCGAGCCACAUCUCAGCGAAAAGGCCUUGCAGAGUGUUCAGUUCUUGUGUAAGGUGCAGGGCCUGGACUCAGUGACGGAGCUCUAUAGACAACAUAUGGGCCAGCUGCUUGACUGGCUGUCUGCCUCUGUCAACACCUGGUGCAGUUACUCCCCACAGAGACUCCAGCUGCAUAUCAUAGUCAUACAAGCAG